AUCCUAGUCAUAAUGGGGGAUCAGGUAGGGUCCAACUCAUUUUUUUCUCAGCCCCUCUUCGAGCUUUCUCCCAGCUGUCUCUCAGAUUCCCUGAACUCUAUUGGGAAUGAAGAACUUCCCCAUCACGCAGAAAAUAAAAACUGAAGACUUGGGGAAAACUUUAAAAGGCAAGAAGAAUCCUCACUACAUUUUAGAGACAUAGUCAUUUUCUCACUGAUCUUUACGUUUCAACUGUAACAUGAAGGUGUAUGCGUAGGCUUGGGGCACUCACUUCAGGGAGCAAGGGAAACAGGAAAUCUCACUUUCCUGAAGAAGUUAACCAUGAAGAGGUCACGCACACCCAGAAUUCCAGGAGAAAGUCAUGGAAUCAUCAAAGAACCACUAAGAAGGGAUGACAGAGUAAAGCUCUAGUCCCAACCUGUUCUCUGGGGCUUGUCCACCCUGUCUCACCUCCGUGGCAUGUCAGCAGUCAGCAUCCCCACUGCUUCUCUCAAGCGUGGGGCACGACAACAACUUGCCCACGCCUUCUGGACUGGGUUAGGAAGGAACCUGAGCUCAACGUUUCGAGAGAUGGAGCCUUAGCUCUGACUCCAGGGGCGGCAGUGAUCAACUGAACUCGGAUCUUUAAAAUUGUGGUAGCUCUAAAGCUGAUGAUGUCUGGUUAGGAAGCGGCUCUUGCCCGCCCCAGCCACCCGCCAGUUCCUUAAGCCCGCCCCAUUCCCUCCCAGCUUCCUCCUCUCAUGUUCGUCGGUUUUUUUCAGGGCUCCCUUCAGCAUUCGUUUCUCAGCAUUUAAGUCACCGCUUCCUCGGCGCCCCUUUCGCCUCCCACCAUAUUUCCUUAGCAACCUUUCUAGUCCUCGCGGCCCCUACCUGCCAGCUUCAGAUCCCUGUCUGCUUAUGGGCGAGGCGCCGGCUACCACAUCUGAAGUCUCCAGGAAGUGACUCCUCUCCGUCUGCCCCUUCCCUAUUGGAGGAACAUAAUCAGCGGUUGGUGAUAUGUGAUGCAGACGCACAAUUGGUUGCCAUUUCUGUCGUUCGUAAGAUAAGUGCCCGCCCCUCUCUCUGUCCCCCCUUUUGAAAGAGGUGGGGAAAGCUGCCGAGAGACAUGAGGGACGUCAGCUAUUGACCAAUGGGAAGAGCUGAUGCUUGCUGAACUAAAGCAAGAAUGUCUUGCUCGUGGUUUGGAGACCAAGGGAAUAAAGCAAGAUCUUAUCCAUAGACUCCAGGCAUAUCUUGAAGAACAUGCUGAAGAGGAGGCAAAUGAAGAAGAUGUACUGGGAGAUGAAACAGAGGAAGAAGAAACAAAGCCUAUAGAGCUCCCUGUCAAAGAGGAAGAACCCCCUGAAAAAACUGUUGAUGUAAGGGGCUACUUCAAAGUACUUGGUCCCAGUGAAGCAAAGCAAAUUUUCUCCGAGUUAUAUAAUAGGGCAGCAGAGAAGAAAGUGGUGAAAAUUACAUCUGAAAUACCACAGACUGAGAGAAUGCAGAAGAGGGCCGAACGAUUCAAUGUACCUGUGAGCUUGGAGAGUAAGAAAGCUGCUCGGGCAGCUAGGUUUGGGAUUUCUUCAGUUCCAACAAAAGGUCUGCCGUCUGAUAACAAACCUAUGGUUAGCUUGGAUAAGCUGAAGGAAAGAGCUCAAAGAUUUGGUUUGAAUGUCUCUUCAAUCUCCAGAAAGUCUGAAGAUGAUGAGAAACUGAAAAAGAGGAAGGAACGAUUUGGGAUUGUCACAAGUUCAGCUGGAAGUGGAACCACAGAGGAUACAGAGGCAAAGAAGAGGAAAAGAGCAGAGCGCUUUGGGAUUGCCUGAUGAAAAGUUCUUGUUACUUUCUGUUCUCCAGUGUUUUCCAUUUCUCUGAUUCUUCUUGGUCACAUAUAUACCUAAAUGCACAGUCAUGUGCCUACAUCCUGCCUCGCAAUGAGGGAGCAUGUACCCCAGGUACAUCCGUGAACUGCAGCAGCAGUUUGACUUAUUGCUGUUUCAGCUUUAAGGUUGUUGUGUUUCUGUUUUUGAUUAUGUUGCUUGUUAAUAAAAAAAAAAAAUAGAAAGAGAA